AUGAUGGAUAUCAAUACUUCUAUGGGGCCAGCAGUUUGCCGAGUUUGCUUAUGUGGAGAAUCAUCUAUUCCUUAUUUGGGUAAAUAUGCGGGUGAACCGCUUAUAUCUCCCUGCCAUUGCAAGGGUACGAUGGGUUUGUACCAUCGAAGCUGCUUAGAGCAUUGGUUGUCCACUUCUAGAACGACAUGCUGUGAAAUUUGUAAGUUCAAGUAUGAAGUAGGGAGAAGAAAGCAAGGCCUGAGUGCAUAUUUUCGAGUACGAGGAUGGCGUGGUUCAGAAGGAGCCAACAAGCGUUUCAUUACUGAUGUGUUGUGUAUGAUGUCUUUAGGGCCUACAGCCAUGUACAUAACAUACUUGUGUGUUCACACAGCUCUCACAACAUACAUGUCACCAGAUAUAAAUGAUAGAGGAGCUUUCACAGCUUCAGAGGUGGUCGUCUUAGUUGUUAUGGCCGUCUUCGUUGUGAUGAUUUAUGUGUUCUGGCUUGUAAUGACUAUCUACCAUCAUUAUUCGGAGUUCAAACAUUGGCAAGGCAAGAACGAGAUACUUUUCAUUGUGGACCAGCUUGAUAUCGAGCUGUCUCAACAGUAUAACACGACAUACAAUCGGCUGAGUGAAUCAAGGCGACCAUUGAUUAAACGCAAACUCCGUUCUUUCCUGACUGGACUAUGCUGCGGCAAACGUAAUUCCUCUUCAGCUAUCCGCAUUCGUGACACAGCAUUAGAUAUUAAUCCCCACAUUAUGGGCGCUUUGGAUCGUCAAAUGAAUAUGCACGUGGACUUCUGGAAUCCAGUUGACAUGGCCUCUGUCCCUCCUCCAAUGGUUUAUCGACAGCAUAAUCAAGAUCUUCUUUCCACCACCAAUCCUACCUCAAGUGUAUCACCGCUUAGACAUCAUAAUGCCAGCGCUCUUUACCGAGAUGCAUCUCCUGUGGAAAUGUCAUCUUUCCGAGUGGCUUGUACAAAGGAAAGUGGAUAUUUGCGUAGAUCACCUACUACUCCGAAAACUACUCCCGUCACCAUGUCUGCUACUUCUUCUCAUAACUAUGAUGUACCGCCUGAUGCUUUGUACUCUGAAGAACCAAUAGAGACAGCUAGAGCUUGUGACAUCAGUCCACAGGUUGGGAUGUGGAAUGUUCAGUUGGAUUCUCCUCUUCUUAACUCUACUGAAGUAUAUGACAGUCCCAGUUCUGUAGAAAGAGUUUUGCCUCGUAACUGGAGAAGAAACAUGUCACCACUUGCUUUGGACUUCGCUCCAGCUUCUCUUGAAAACCAUGGAUUCUCUCUGGAUGGUAACCGCAUGCAGCAACAUCAGCAACAAUCCCAUCAAGCUGUACAGCAAUCACCGGACGUAAUACCAAACAUAUUCUCCCCUGCAUUAAUGCGUCCGAACGUCCGAACAGGAAACAAUCGCCAAAUCAUCAUUGCAGAUGAGGAUAUUGAGCAGGGGACGUCUGAUGACAAGAGUAAGAGAUGUAUAAUUUGUACUCGCACUGUUGCAUUGGAAGAUAAAAACCGUUAUUGCUCUCCGUGUGAAUGCAACCUAAUAGUUCACAUCAAUUGUGCUCUCAAAUCAGCAGCCUGGGAAGAACAUAAGUGCGAAACAUGUGGAUGGCCUUAUCGCAAAACCCUCAGUGAUAUAAGACUCAGUAGAACAUGCUUUAUCUGUCAGAAUGACAAGUAUCCUGAAUCCAAGUCAACUCUCCACGAUAAUCAGUUCAUCCGACCAUGCUUUUGCGAAAUGGAUUGUCAUCAUGGCUGUCUAGCGAAUAUCAUAGAUACUCACAAGUCGUGUCGUUUAUGCGGAGUCAAGUAUCGUUAUAUUAAGUAUGGAUCAGUGAAAGAUUAUUUCAACCGAUAUUCCUGCCAAUAUGCAUGCUGUUUCAUUGUGUUCGUUCUUUUUGCUGGCUGCUCAAUCUAUUCUCUCUUACAUGGUCUGAGAAAAAGUGAUCAAAUGACUUCAUCUCAGCUCAGCUUGAUCGUAUUAGGAUUUGCCAUUGGAGUAUUAGCUUUAACUUUAUGUUUUGCUUGUAUCAGACACACUUUCAUCUAUAAGUUUCCGCGGUUUCGUAUACGAUACGGCCAAAUUACGAUUCUCGAUUACGACCCACUUAUGGCGACUUAUAAAAAGAUUAGAAAAGCUGAUCAUAGUGCUGUGGAGUUGUCCCAAGUACGAGAAGAACGCGAAGAGUUCGUUCCAUUCGGAUCACGUACUAUGCAUGCCUAUUAA